GUUGUUGUCGGGCCGGCCGUUGUUUGGGUCUCGAGCGGGGCCGGGCUCCGGGGAGCGCUGAGGAGCGGGUAGCCGGGGCCCGGCAGCUGGAGGUUGGCCAAUGAUUUGUCCUCAGAACCAUAAAAAGCAGGAGAGAGGAGGAUCUGUGAGCAAAACAUCUAUAUUCAGAAGCCUGUUUCAUCCAGCAGCUCUCAGGGACAGCCCCGCAGCAGCCUUGGUGCAGACAAGAGGAUGAAAUCGCACUCUCGGUGGGGGACUAAACAUGGAGAUACGCUGCGGCGGCCUCUUGUUCAGUUCCAAGUUUGACUCAGGGAACCUGGCCCAUGUGGAGAAGGUGGAACACCAGGAAGGAGAAGGGGACGUAGCUGGGAACAACAGCAGCAGCACUACUGUGUCUGCGGUGUUUGGCAGCUCCCUGCCCGCGGCGGACUAUGAAUUCAAUGUGUGGACCAAGCCUGACUGUGCUGAAACGGAGUAUGAAAAUGGGAACAGAUCCUGGUUUUAUUUCAGUGUGAAGGGAGGAGCUCCAGGCAAGCUGAUCAAAAUCAACAUCGUGAACAUGAACAAGCAGAGCAAACUCUAUUCCCAAGGCAUGUCGCCUUUCGUUAGGACCCUGCCUGUCAGGCCCCGCUGGGAGCGCAUCCGGGAGCGGCCCACCUUCGAGAUGAUGGAGACCCAGUUUGUGCUGUCCUUCGUGCACCGCUUCCUGGAGUACCGUGGCACCACCACCUACUUUGCCUUCUGUUACCCCUUCUCAUACACGGAGUGCCAGGAGAUGUUGGCACAGCUGGACAGCCGCUUCGAGGAGUGUAAAUACAUGUCACCCAGCAGCACCCUCGACUCCAUCUAUUACCAUCGAGAGCUGCUGUGCCACUCCCUGGACAAUCUGCGGGUGGACUUGCUCACCGUCACCUCGUGCCACGGCAUGAGGGAGGAGCGCGAGCCCAGGCUGGACAACGUAUUCCCUGACGAAGCCACUCCUCGUCCGCAUUGCUUUGCAGGGAAGAGGGUCUUCUUCCUGAGCAGCAGAGUUCACCCCGGGGAAACGCCCUCCAGCUUCGUCUUCAAUGGCUUCCUGGAGUUCAUCCUGCGGGAGGACGAUCCCCGAGCCCAGAUGCUGAGGCGCAUGUUUGUCUUCAAGCUCGUCCCCAUGCUGAACCCGGAUGGCGUGGUGCGAGGCCAUUACCGAACCGACGCCCGGGGGGUGAACCUGAACCGCCAGUAUCUGAGCCCUGAUGCAGAGCUGCACCCUGCUGUGUACGGAGCCAAAGCCGUGCUCCUUUACCAUCACAUCCACAGCCGUGGCCCAUCCGGCGCUCCCGACUGGAGAGCACACGCCUCCCCGCUCACCUCCACCUCGCUCAGCACAAAAUCUUCCAACCAUUCCAUCUGCAACUGCACCCUGGCCCCGGAGGCUCCUCUGUCGGAGCUGGAGAAAGCCAACAACCUCCGCAACCACCCCAGCACCUAUCGCACACUUUCUCAGGACCCCCAGCCGCUAGAAGCACCCGCUGCCGAGCUGGGGAACAAGGACCAAGCUGUGUGGAUCCUGCCUUCGGAGCCCACCGGGGAGCACUGUGAGAGGAAAGCCGAGACCCCCCUGGAAGCCGUCCUGCCCCAGGAGAGCGGGCUGGCGUACUACGUGGAUCUGCACGGGCACGCCUCCAAGCGUGGCUGCUUCAUGUAUGGCAACAGCUUCAGCGAGGAGAACGCCCAGGUGGAAAAUAUGCUGUUCCCGAAACUCAUCUCCUUGAACUCAGCUCACUUUGACUUCAUGGGCUGCAACUUCUCAGAGAAGAACAUGUAUGCCAGAGACAAGCGGGCCGGGCAGUCGAAGGAGGGCAGUGGACGCGUGGCUAUCUACAAGGCCUCGGGCAUCAUUCACAGCUACACACUGGAGUGCAACUAUAACACCGGGCGCUCAGUGAACAGCAUCCCCAUGGCCUGCCACGACAAUGGGCGGGCGAGCCCUCCACCCCCUCCAACCUUCCCCACUAAGUACACCGUGGAGCUGUUUGAGCAGGUUGGGCGGGCGCUGGCCAUCGCGGCGCUGGACAUGGCAGAAUGUAACCCCUGGUCCCGGCUCAUCAUGUCUGAACACAGCAGCCUCAACAACCUGCGAGCCUGGAUGCUGAAGCACGUGCGCAACCUGAAGGGCAUGGCUGCAUUCUCCCGCAAGAAAGGCUCCAACGGGCUGCCCGCCGUGAGCUCCGAGAAUGCCCUCUCCCGGGCCAGGAGCUACAACCAUGGCACCAGUGGGAGCAGCGGCAGCCAGCAGAACUCGCCCCAGAUCAAAGCCUCACCCAGCUUCACCUUCAGCUGUAACAGGGCUGGUGGCCCCGCAGGCGGGAGUCAGAGCCCUCAGAAAGGCAGCCCGAGGGUCCUGGCACCGGUGAGAGAGCCCCGCGUGCAGGACAAACAGCGCCAGCAGCACCUGACUCUGCUGCGAGCAGCGACCAGCAGCAUCCAGCCACCAGCGCCUCUCCCUCCCUGUGCCAGGCGUCUGUCCCAGCCUCCGCCGCCCGCCAGCCUGCGCCCCUGCUCCCUGCCAGCCUCCCUCAGCCUGUCAGGGACCUCACCCACGGGCAGUAAGGCCGGGGCUCUGGUGAUCACCAGCCGUGGACUUCAGGCAGCAGAGCACGGCCGGGAAGAGCCGAAGACCCCGUAUGGCAUGGCGCUGGUGCAGAACCUUCCGAAGAGGCUGAGCACCAGGAAAGUCCUGGAACCACCCAGGUACCGUGUCCCCCGCGCUGGGGGAGGGCACUGGAGGGCCAUGCCCCGGGGGAGGGGGGCUCCAGGCAGCUCCCUGACCACAACACCCCACAGCCUCCCGGAGCCCCAGUCCCACCAAGCGCUGGCCAGGCAGGGUGCUCCCAGCUCUGGCUCCCUGGUGUCUCACUCUGCCCCUCGGGGCACGUGGGAGCCCAUCAGACUACAUGAGGCUAUUCGCCAGGCUGGGCACGGGUGGUGUCCCUAGUCUCUGUUUGCCAGGAGCUGGGAGCGGGCGACGGGCUGGAUCACUGGACGAUUCCCUGUUCUGUUCAUUCCCUCUGGGGCCCCUGGCGUUGGCCACUGUCGGCAGACAGGACACUGGGCUAGAUGGACCCUUGGUCUGACCCAGCCUGGCCGAUCUUGUGUUCUGUCCUGCCCUGAGGGAUGAGCAAGGGGGGGGCUUUGGGAAAUGCUGUGCUGGGGAUCCAGCCGGGCCCUUCCAUUGCAGGCACUUCCUAUGGGGUGAGAGAAAGCGCUGGAGCCCCUGGGGCUGCAUGGACCUCCCAUCCCCAGGGCCCAGCACCUGCCCUGCCUCGGACCCUGCAGCGCUCUGGGCAGGCCCAUGGUGUGCCCCGGGGGCUGCAGCUACUCCUGUAACGCACCCUGGGCUUGGCCCUCUGCCCCCCUCCUGCCGUUGUGGAUGCGGGAGCCAGGCUAGGGCGUGCGGCUGGAGGAGGGGACCCAGCCCCAUUGACUGUCAGGGGGCUGCCUCUGGUUAGAGCCACUGAGUUCAGACCCUGGCUGCCUGGGGAGCCCUUCCUUGGCUAACAUGCCCCUGCUGGCCACCGGCUCCGGCAGUCACUGCCCUGCAGCCUCAGCCCAAGGGGCUGGAGGGGUGGGACUAGGUGCAACCAGGAGCAGUGAACACUGUUGUCUCCGUGCUGCCGGGCAGGGCCUGGCCAGCAGCUGAUACCAGCCUCAGGAGCUGGGAACCUGCCUGCAGUGCUCCAGUGCAUCCGCCCCCAGGCCUGUUGCGUUUUCUGGGGCCCAGGGGGAGGAGCUGCAGAAUCCGGUAUGUGGCUCCCAGGGGCUGCCUGGGGGACAAGGCCCCUUCCCAGCCUGCUGAGCGUGCCCCCUGGGGAGGGACUGAAUGGCGCGGGCAGACUCAGACCCCUUCCCCAACACACAGCCGGCUAGCCCUGUCUGGGCCUGCUCCAAGGGGACGCAGCCGAGCGCUGUGCUACCCAGAGGGAGGGGACGUGGCUGUAGUGGGUGGGUGUGACGAACUGGGACUGUUCUUGCUGGGGUGUGGGAAUGCUGACAGGGGAGUGUGACUAGGAUGGUCUGCAUCGGAGGAUGGGAGUCGGCCCGAGGGAACAUACCUGAGCUUGUAACAUGAGAACCCAGGAGGGGGUUGGAGGUCAGGUGACUCCGGGGCCCGGGAAACUGAACAAAGGCUGUGGGAGGGGUCGCUGAAGGCAGA